AACUUUCAAAUUUCGAAUUGAGUCAGCCUACUUUUAGUUCACGAUUUACUCAAGACAGACAAAUAAUACAAGUUAAUGCAUUAGGUAACAUGAAUAACAUGGAUAUAAAUUCUAAAGAAUUUAUUAAUGUAGUUAACAUGACAAACAGUCAAGAAAAUGCUGAAAUCGUUCGUGAUAUACCUCUAGAUCAAUAUCAAUUAAAUUUAUUCAGAUCUCGACACAGAAAGAUUCGAAAAGAUAGUAUCAUUGGUGUGAACUAA